AUGUCGGAUAACACUGCAAACACAGUGGCUCUGAACACCACUGGAGGAAUCCCUACCAUCGACUCAAACCAUGCAUAUUUUUUUCAUUCUUCUGAUGCACCGGAAAUGUCUCUUGUCAACACAACUUUUGAUGGAAAAGGAUUCCAAGGAUGGAGAAGGUCUGUGCUUAUAACACUAUCUGCUAAAAAUAAAAUAGGAUUCAUCAAUGGUGCUUGCCCUGCUCCAGCUCUCACUUCCAGAGACUAUCAGCCUUGGAGCAGGUGUAUUGACAUGGUAACAUCCUGGUUGCUCAACUCAUUGUCCAAAGACAUAGGAGACAAUGUCAUUUACUCUAAAUCUACUAAAGAUCUCUGGACCAGCCUUGAACAUAGGUUUGGUCAGUCAAAUGGAGCUAAACUCUAUCACCUGAGGAAGGAAUUAUCAAGUUGUUUGUGUGUCUGUGAAGGGAAGCAAAAAUUGGAAAAGUCACUAGAUGAUGAAAAGCUUAUUCAGUUUCUUAUGGAUUUUUCAUCUUUCAUGGCAACAAAUCAAAACAACUUUGCACAAAGGAGUGCAAGGCAGAUGCAAAGGAACCAAAUGCAACAUCAAAAGUUUGGGAACAACAUCCAAAAAGUGACUAACUCUACUCAAAGGAACACAACUUUCAAGGGAAAGAAAACUAAGUUUAACCCUAAUGUAACAUGCAGUCAUUGCAAGAAAGUACGUCAUACUGUCAGUGAUUGCUAUAGAAUUAUAGGUUUCCCUGAAGACUUUGAAUUCACAAAGGAAAAUCAAGUUCACGCUAGAAGCAAUGGAACAUUUCAAAUUGAAGAAUCAGAUCAGAACAGCAGCAAUCAAAAUGAAGUACUCAAUCAACACCUCUCACAUGAUCAGUUUUUACAGCUGGUACAACUAAUCAAGCAGGUUAAAGGUGCAGAUUCAGGAAAUUCUGAAACAAAUAUUAAUGCAAAUGUUGUGGCUGGUACUAUUGCUAGAUAUUCUGGAACUCGUCUUUCAGUUUUUAAUUCUAGUUCAUGGAUUAUUGAUUUUGGAGCAUCUGAACACAUGUGUUUUGACUCAAAUGCCUUUAUUUCCUUGACACCUCUCCCAGUUCCAUUAAACAUAAAUCUGCCUAAUUCUUUCAAAGUCAUUGUCACUCACAUAGGAAGAAUAUCUAUUCUUCCUGAUUUUAUUUUAGAAAAUGGGCUUUUAGUGAAGAGGGCACAAGUUUUUGGUAAGGCAGGGGAUGGGCUAUACCUUUUGGAACCAAGUGGAGUUAGAAAUAGCACAAGUCUGACAGUUUGGUGUAAAGGUACAAAAAUAAGAACAGAUAAUGCUUUUGAACUUGGGGAAGGUUCUCAGGAGGCAUCAUUUUUAGCCUCUCAAGGAGUGCUACAUCAAACAUCGUGUGUGGCAACCCCUCAACAGAAUGGAGUGGUUGAGAGGAAGCACAGACAUCUUCUGGAAAUUGCAAGGGCUUUGUUGCUUCAAUCUAAGCUUCCUCUUUCUUAUUGGGGAGAAUGUGUACUAACUGCAACAUAUUUGAUCAAUAGGUUACCUUCUAGAGUGCUUAAAGGAAGGACACCUUAUUUUGUUCUAUUCAAACAAAAACCCUCUUAUGAACUAUUGAAGUGUUUUGGUUGUCUUUGCUUUAUAUCUACUUUGACUAGCGGAAGAGGGUGGCAGGAAGCAAUGGAAAAAGAAUUAGAAGCUCUAGAACUUAACAAAACCUGGGAGGUUGUGCCUUUACCUAGUGGAAAGAAAGUUCUUCCUUGCAAAUAG